AUGCUGACCGGUCGCAGGCUGGAGGGGCUCCUGUGGGAUUUGGCCUAUUUCGCUGAAAAUGCCAAGUUUACAGCCUGCCCCGGAGUCAAGCUAAUACCUCCCGUGUCCAGGCGGUUGACGGUGCCAUUGCGGACCCGAGAUCGGGAGUCUUGCACGCCCAUGGGGUGA